AAAAAUCCCAACUGGCCGGCCGGUGUCGGCAAAGCUGCGCGAGAAUGGACGGCAGGAGCCCCAUUCGAGGCCGCAGCUCGAGCGACAGAUUCGUAUCGAGAGAUCUCGAUCACGAGGUGACAGUAUACCGCUCUCGAAGAGUGAGAGCACCACAGGUGCGCCUACUUUGUCAAAGAGCGCGUCGCGAGCGAACAUUCCGCCACCGCCACCUCCUAGACCGCCGCCACCGCCGCCCGCUCGGACGAUCAUCAAGGAUCUGCCGCCGCUCAACGAAAAUCAAAUGCAGAAGCUGGAGAUACUGAAGUCCAGGCCGCGAAAACGACCGGACUGGGGCAGCAUGAUGAAGGAGGUUGAGAGCGGCAAGAAGCUCAGGCACGUCAAGUGCAACGACCGCAGUGCGCCCCUGAUCGAGAGAGUGAAUAAGGUCACGGCCGAUUCAGCAGGUAAGGCCCACUUCGUGUUCGAGUCCGAGAAGUCGAACAUGCACAACAAACUGCUGAAACAGAUUCAGCAGGGCGUGAGGCUCAAGCCAACGCAGACCAACGAUCGCUCGAAGCCGAUGCUGGAUGGUCUGAGGAAGUUCCGACGGCAGAUGACCAUCGAGGAGCAAAUACAAAAGGCCGAGGAAGAACCCGUGAACGACGUGCAGGACGAGAUGGACGACAUAGACGCCGUAAGGGAUGAUUUACAAAGUACGAAACAGAUGCUCGCGCUCGAAUUAAGGAACAAGGAAGCGCUAGAACGCGACAAUAAGCGACUGCAGGCGAGAAUUUUGAAUCUCGAGACGGAAGUGGAACGAAUGAAGCUUCAAAAGAACGCGCAGGAGAACAAGCAGCACGACGAGAAGCUCACGGAAUCCCUCAGGCAAGAAGCGCAACAAGCGAGAAAGGACGCGGAGAAAGCGGAAAAGGAAUAUGCCGCCGCCGCGGAGGAAAGAGAUAAGGCCAGAAGCGACCUGGAAGAAAUGAAGAGGAUGUACGCGGCGUUGGAGAGACGCAUGAAAGCCGGAAUGGCACUGGCCGGUUGUCCGAGCGCGAAGGACGUGGCGAAGGUCGCGACGCAGAAGAGCAUAGACAAGCCGGACGUUGCCAGCACGAGCGAGGAAGAGGAGGAAAGCACAGAGGAAGAGACCGAUGACGAGGAUCCGAAAGCUGCGGCGGAGAAACGCGCGCAGAGGGAAAUCAAGCUUCUCACUACGAAAAUUAAGAAUUUCAAAGACAAGACUGUGAACGCCAGGAAAGAACGAUUCGCGUUGAAAGAGCAAAUCAAGCAGCAGCAGAAGUUACUGAAAGAGGAGAAGAAGAAGUACAAGGAGCUGCAGAAACAAGUGGACAAGAUGGCGAAACUGAUGUCGGAAGCCGACGAAGAAGAGGAAGAGGAGGAGGAAGAGGAGGAGUCCGAGGAAGAGGAGACGGAAUCCGAUGAGGAAUCCGAGUCCGAGGAAUCGGAGGAGGAGGAAUCCGAGCCUGAAGACGUAAACGCGCCCAUAGAAAAGCGUAAAGCCAUUUUGGAAAAACACGCGAAGAAGCACGAGGGACGACUGACCGCGUUAAAGAAAGGCAACUACCUGCUCAAGGCGCAGGUAGAUCGAUUUAAGGACACACUGGCGAAGCAACGCGAGGAGAGCAUCGCCCUGCAGGAGGAUCUUGAUUCUGUUUUAGCAGAACUAGGUUAGACACGGCACGCGAGCGAGAAAUAUUCUUUUUUUCCACAGAGAUGCUGAAAUUGUAUACACACACGUAUAAAACAUUACUCAAUGAAAUAAAUAGACAAAUUGUACGAGAAACAUGAGAAUUACACACGCACUCACUCACUCACUCACUCUCGCGAGAUGUUUUUUUUUUUUUGUUUUUAGGGAACAGCGAUACGUACGCAGAGAUGUCUGCCGAAUUUUGUCGCGCGAUAUUACAUUACGUCGCAAAUUAUUAUAUAAUUUAUUGUAGGAAACAGAGGGCACGUUUAGAGUAUCGCGGGAUUUAAUUAAACCUGCAAUAAUUAACGCUAAAUGCGACUCUCUCUUUCUCUCUUCACGAUUCAUUCAUAUUACGUUUUUGAUAUCAUGACAAUAAUUUUCGCACACACAUCUUCUCGCCGCAUACUCACGCACAUAAAUUACAUUACUACACGUAAAUCGCGCUAUUUUAACAUCACGUAUUUAGUGUUAAUUGUAAGUGUAAAAAAUACACAAGCUGAACGCACACUUUAAAUUUGUCAAAGACUGACCUAACCGAAAGGCUGCGUGGGAAUGAAAAUCGUCACGCUUUUAAAUUUGGAAAAAUGUUCACUUUGACAAUGGAGUAUUUCCUCCAACAAAACGUUGCGUUGUUACACGUGUGGAUGCUUGUGUUCGUACAAACAACCUCAAUUUCCGAAAAUCGAAAUUACUUGUGUAAAGACAUCUCUGUGCAAUUCGGUCACAAAAUAUCGAGUGUUCGCGAAUCGUGAAAUAUUGGAGAUUAAAUGUUGCAAUUACUACCUUGCUCUCCUCACAAUGUGUGUCCAAAACGGUCAUUCUAUUUUUGUUUUUUUUUACGCUAUUCGACGGGUAAUUAUAACUCUCUCGGAACAAAAAAAAAAAAAAAAAAAUAAUUGGCACAAAAUAAAGACCAGCAUGAUAUUCCUUUGGAAUAAAAGUUCGAUAUUUUGCGAUGGAAAAACUAGCGUUCCCCUUUUUACUGUCAAGGUGUAAAAUAUUUUUAAAUAAAUUUCCUGUUGAUCAGAGAGUGCGCUGUUCGUGAUAGGUUAUUGAAAAAAAUGAGUUAUUUUAAUAAAUGCUCCACAAGCUUUCAAAGAA